AUGAACGUCGUAUCUGUAAAGAAGAUCAAGGAGAAUAAAACAUUUUCACAUCAUAAAGAAGCUUCAAGCUUUCUGUCAGAUAUUUUAUCAACAACAUUUGCGGUUCUAUUUCUUAGAAAGUAUUUCAGUUAUGCCGGCAUAGAUGAAGGAAAAGCUCUGAUGCUUGUUAAGUUAACUAACAACACAAUAAAAGAGACGUGUAAUUGCGAUGCGAAAUUAGAAGUACAUGAAAUUAUUUAA